AUGGGCUUUCUAACUAUCCAUGUAAGUACUCCCUUUCAGAAGGAGAAGAAGAUCCUUCAGCUGCUAAGCGGCCACCCAUGCCGGUCUUGUUCUUGUUCCUUUGCUAAAAGGCCAUUACAGAUAUGUCAAGAAUCAAUGGCAACACCUCAAAUUCGGUCGCUGCAUGAGUUGCAUACUAACAGAAUGAAAUGGUUCUGCCUUGACUGUGCUGCGCCGCAAGUGGACGAAGUAGAGGCAGUGAAACACUAUUUCAGUGUACAUGUGAAAACCGCUAAACAGGAAGCUACUGCGAGAGGAAUAUUGUUUCGACCAAUUCAUUAUCAACUUCGUUGUCCAUUUGACGAAUGUCGUCAGUUACUAAGCACGCCAAAAGGUCUUCGACUUCAUCUUAAUAAGAUGCACAGAGCGGCGACGACAUCUUCUUCGACGUGA